AAGUAAAGCAGCCAACCUUUUUGACAGAUGAAAAUCGAGGACCCACAUGUAUGAAGAUGACUGGCAAUCAUCUUGGGCAUGACUGGCAAUAAUCUCGAGCGCAUGCCGUAUGCGAAAGAAAAAAUCUCUCGUCUGCAGUCCAGCUUGGACCGUGGGGAAGCAGCAUAUCCUUUGCGGCCGCAAGAGACGCGGCGUAGAACAAAGGAGCCGCCAAGACGGCAAGGCGCCAAGGCGACCGGACAGGCCUAGGCGAAGCGGGCGCAGCUCCUGCCGGUGGUGGGUAGUGGCCCUAGCAAUAAACAUCUUGCCCAACCGGCUCUCGCUACGCGCCUACGCUUCGUCAACACCGGAACCGCCCCCACCCCGCCCCGAGCGCCAAUUGCACCGCCGCUCCCGGCCAAACCGGCCAAGUCAACGGCGCAUCCACUUCUCCUUACCAUCCCGGAGGUAAUCUUGCGCCGAUUCGGUGCCGAUUUGCGCCAUCCGCGACCGGAGGCUCCGCCGGGUCUUGUGUUCUUGCGGGGCGGGGGCUCAGGACAACCUGGCCUCUGCUUGAUUGGAUUCGGGGCGUUCGGCGCCUCCAGCUCGCGAUCUUUCCUGCCGGUUUCGUCGACCGCUGGUCAACCUGGCCGGUCGGUCCCGGGGGCUCUUCACCUCCGUGCUGCCUGCCACCGUCGCUUUAGUCAAGUCUCGGCCAAGAUUUUAGCUAUCUCCGGUCAAAAGGCUUUACCGAUUCUUGGAUUGGUGGCUUCUUGGGGGCGAGAAGCCGGUUCCUGUUUCGUCUCUUGUGCUCCAGCAUGUUCUGUAGCACACCGGUUCCCCAUCUCCAGUGAAGGUGUUCGUGUGCUCUUGGUUUUGUGCCUCCCGGAAUCGUUCCCGGAAAGCUACUUUUGGCCGCUGCGGCGAUGGCGUCGAGCACCAGCGAGAUGGCCGAGGGGAAGGAGAAGCUGAAGAGGUCCGGCAGCUUGGGAAGCAACGAUACGUAUGUGCGUGCAGACAAGAUUGAUCUUACGAGCCUCGACAUCCAGCUGGAGAACCAGCUCACCAAGACCUGGGGCAAAGCCAAUCUCAAAUCCCAGGGGCCAAAGGAGGAGUGGGAGAUCGACCUUGCAAAGCUGGAGAUCCGCUAUGUCAUCGCUCAGGGGACGUAUGGCACGGUCUACCGGGGCACCUACGAUGGACAGGACGUCGCAGUGAAGCUUUUGGAUUGGGGAGAAGAUGGUUUUGCCACAGAGGCUGAAACUGCUGCUUUACGAACAUCAUUUAAGACGGAGGUUGCUGUUUGGCAUAAGCUCAGCCACCCUAAUGUUACAAAGUUUGUUGGUGCAUCUAUGGGGACCACAGACCUUAAGAUUCCAUCAAACAAUUCCAAUGGUGCUGCACGUACAAAUUUGCCAGCAAGAGCAUGUUGUGUUGUGGUAGAGUAUCUUGCUGGAGGAACUUUGAAGCAAUAUUUGAUAAAGAAUAGCCGACGGAAGCUUGCUUAUAAAGUUGUGGUCCAGCUUGCAUUGGAUUUGGCCAGAGGAUUGAGCUAUCUGCACUCCAGAAAGAUUGUACAUCGGGAUGUGAAAAGCGAAAACAUGCUGCUUACUCCACAGAGAAACCUUAAGAUUGCCGAUUUCGGUGUUGCUCGUGUUGAGGCUCAGAAUCCAAAGGACAUGACUGGUGCAACAGGCACACUUGGUUAUAUGGCUCCAGAGGUUCUUGAUGGUAAGCCAUACAACAGGAAGUGUGAUGUUUAUAGUUUUGGCAUUUGUUUAUGGGAAAUCUAUUGCUGUGACAUGCCUUACCCAGACCUAAGUUUUGCCGAUGUCUCAUCUGCCGUUGUUCACCAGAAUUUGCGCCCAGACAUUCCUCGCUGCUGCCCAAGCGCAUUUGCGAAUGUUAUGCGGAAAUGCUGGGAUGCAAACCCUGAUAAACGCCCUGAUAUGGAUGAAGUGGUGCAGCUUUUAGAGGCUCUGGACACGAGCAAAGGCGGUGGCAUGAUACCUGAUGGCCAAUCAUCAGGAUGCUUAUGCUUCACAAAGGCUCGUGGUCCAUAGAUACUUUUCAUGGCCAUUUUGAGACAUGCUGGUGCUGUGGCUAUUGUUGUUCUUUUCGCCCUUAAAUGUAGUAGAAUCAGUUCAUUAGUUAUGAGACUCAAUGUCGGCUGGCUAAACUGCACUUUCUAAAACUCGCUCGUUAUGGCACUUCUCUCAUCGCUUGGAAUAAGGUCACUUGUCUAAAGAACAAAGGUGGUCUUGGAGUGCUUAAUCCGAGAAUUCAGAAUGUGGCCCUUCUGAUGAAAUUUGUUCAUAAGUUUUACAAUAGACUGGACAUUCCUUGGGUCCAUAUGGUGCGGGACUCCUACUAUUCUUCGGUCAGAUCCCCCACUGCUCUCAUAAGAAAGGGCCCUUCUGGUGGAGAGAUGUUACACAAUUACUCACCUACUUCAGAGGAUAUGCCAUGCCUCGUGUGGGUGAUGGAAGCAUUAUCCUCUUUUGGCAGGAUGUUUGGAACAAUCACGCCCCCAUGACGGCUUUCCCCUGCCUCUAUUCCUUAGCAAAAAAAAAUAAGGAAUCCACAAUGCUGGCAUUCAUCAGUAAUGUCUUUAGAAGAUAAUUUUCACACUCCUCUGUCAUGCAGGCUCAGGAAUACAUUAUCUUUUCAUAUAUGAUCGAAUGCUGGAAGCUAGGGAAGAGACGGAUAAAUGGAUUUACCCUUAGGAAACAACAAGUUCAUCUCCUCGAAAUUCUAUAAUAUCAUCUUUGCAUCCA